GCAGAGGAGGCAGUGAACUUGAAAUGGGCUGGGGAGAAGGCAGAUGUUAGGAAGAUGAGAUGGAGAAAUGGCACUAGUGGUCCAGCCCCCUGAGACAGGACACCUGGGAAGGACAUCUUUUCAAGAAGAGGCUGUGCUUGGCAUGGACUAGGCAGAAGCUGAUGAGCCCCAGCUAUUAACUUCCGGGCCCAGGAUUAUGUCUGCUAACAAAGGCUGGUGGGUGCCAUCUGAGGGCGAGGACAGCGUGUCUGAGAAGUUCCUGAGGAAGACCCGGGAAUCUCCGCUGGUGCCUAUAGGCUUGGGAGGCUGCUUGGUGGUAGCAGCAUACAGGAUUUACCGGCUAAAGGCUCGGGGCCCCACCAAGAUGUCCAUACACCUGAUUCACACCCGCGUGGCAGCGCAGGCCUGUGCUGUGGGCGCCAUCAUGCUCGGUGCUGUGUACACAAUGUACAAAGAUUAUGUCAAGAGGACAGGACAGGAUGCUGGAGAGAAGUAGGUCUCCUAUAGGAUCUGAGGCAGUCAGAUGCCCCCUAAACCAGUCCCUGGAAUGCUCCUAAUAAAGUAGUUUUUAGGAAAAUCAA